UAGUCUGCCCGUGCACAAGCUCCACUACCUCUUUUGUUCAUUUUCCUCUUCUGCUUGCACUCUUGUCCACUAUUCAUUGAAUUUUCGUUUCAUUUUGUUCUAUUCUGCUCCAAUUUUGAAAGCCAGUCCCACGAGUCUUAAUACUUCUGAAAAUUAGCAUUGAGGGCAUGACAUCUGCCUGAAGCUCAAAAAAAUUCUGCAUAUCUUAACUCAGAAGGAGAAAUCAGCAUGCGUUGGUUGGGUCUUUCAGUUGAUGUGUUCCGCCAAGUUUUACGGUUGAACUUAUAUUGUAAAGUUAUUCUGUAGGCCAUUGUUCCCACAAAAUCCAUAUUUUGUUACUUUGGUUAGUGUGUGCUACGUUUAUAUUGAUUGAAAAGUAUAGUGACUGGUGUGGACAAAAAGAAGUUAUGGUGUGCCAAGCAGCAGGCCAAACUAAAUUUCGGGCAUUGAAACAUGAGAAUGGCAUUGAAGGUGAAUCAACAAUUAUUGUUAGAGUGAUUGCAUGCUUUCAACCCUUGCACGAUUGUCAGGCUGAGUACUUCCGUCAGUUGCUUAAGCCUGUCACGUAGAUUGCUUCACAUUAUUUCGUUUAAAGCUGGAAUUUGUAAUUUUCUUAUUCUGUAAUUUGUUCCCAAGAGAAGUGGCAAGUUAUUGAAGAUCCCAUAUCAAAGCAUUAUACCAUUGAGUGUUUGAUUGUAUUGUUCCCAGUGCGUUGGAUGGUUAAGGCUCAAAGCACUUGGCCUUGUCCACAGCAUGUGGCUUGGCCGUCAUUUUUCAGUGGCGCCUGCGGAUUUCCAGAUCCCAAUUCGAGUGGUCAUUCAGCAUAUCUGAAUCCUAGGACUUAUAUUUUUCCUGGUGUCAGUGCAUUUCCAGGAUUCACAGCCCCUACUUCCCCAAGCCUGAAGACUGAGCAAGCCAGUGAAGUGCAAGAAUUCUUUCAGUAUCCUAAUUCAGAACCAUAUUUGAAAGAAACACAUUAUAGAGGGACUGUGCAAAAUGCAAACCCUGCACCUCUUCAGAAGAAGUUACUUAUUGUUGACCAAUCUGGUACCAAUACUAGAUUGUUUUAUAGUCCUGUCUUCCCUCAUGUCCCGAGUCCAAUUGUUACCGCUACACAAUUUGCUCAGGCUUAUGAUGUGAAUGGGGAAAGAUGGGCAGCUAACAUUGGUCAAAAGCAUUUACCAAAGUACAAUUUACCCGAAGAGUCAGAUAAGGAUCAUAUAGUUAAUGAAGGAAGUGAAAUGCAUGAAGACACAAAAGAAAUCAAUGCAUUGCUUUAUUCUGAUGAUUCUGAUUCUGGUUCUGAUGAUGAUGAUGAGGUAACAAGUUCAGACCGUUCUCCAUUGGUUGCUAACAGGACAUUUAUGAUGCAAGAACAGUUUGAGGAUACAAAGGAGGAGGUUGCUAGCUCUGAUUGUCCAAACAAAAGGCGUAAAUUAAUCAGUGGUGGAUACAAAAGAUUGCCAUCCCCUGUGGACAGUGCUAUUUCAGUAAGGCUAAACGAGACUGGUGAGGAUGUCAGUGAUGCUGAAUCAAGGUAUUCUAGCGACCAAGUGUAUUCUGCCAGGGGAACUAAGGAAGAUGAUUCAAUAAUAGUGGGUGAUAUUCAAUUGAAAAAGGAUAAAAUCCGUGAAUCACUGAGAGUUCUUGAAAAUUUAAUUCCUGGAGCUAAAGGAAAGCAUCCACUGUUAGUCAUUGAUGACACUAUUGAUUACUUGCAAUCUUUGAUGUCCCACAAGGGUAUACUUGGGGUGAAAUAUCACUAAGUGCUCCUUGUGCUUAUAGUAUGCUGAUUGAAAGAAACAUGAAUGGUAAAGAAAGGUUUGAUUUGUGGAGUUCUUAACUUUUGUUGCAUGAUAAGUUUGAACUUAGCAGCAUGCUUGCUUCUUUUAUCCACUUUCUCAAGGUGUAUUUAUAGUUUAGCAAUAAAGGGGUGAAUUGAGCAAUGUAUAGUACUGCUCUUUGCCACUGUAUUUGAAGAAAAAUGGGGUAUGGGAUUUCAAUUUGUUGACCAAAGUUCUUACUAUCUUUAAGCCUUUGGAGGAUAAAAGGUUACACAGAUUGAAUAGACAGGAGAAUGUAGUGGAGGCUGUGCUGUAAAUGAGGACACUUUUUUCUCUAAGUGUUGAAUUCUCUUGGUGAUUAAAUGCAUGCGCGUUUGGUAACUGAGGUCCCACUCUCCACCCUCCUUUUUAAUCCGGAUUUUAUGCUUUUGUCCUCUCUUCCAUAUAAAGUACCAAGAAAGUUUCAAAUGUUUGGGAGUGCUUGAAUGAGGAGCGUGGUGUUUCAUCAUGAGUUGCUGGGACCCUUUUUGUGGUAAAGGCUAUCUUGUUUUAUGUGUUGAGGGUGGAAUGAUAGGCAAGGCAUUUUCUAUUUUCUACGUUGUAAUUGAGUGUUCUAGGUUUCUUUUUCAUGAUGCUUUUGUUGUGUGUUUUCGGUUGAGUCAUUGUAUGAAUAAUUGGAGUGUAGAUGUUGGGGCAUGUGGUGUGUUCUGGUUUAUAUGAGCACUUUUUUCCCAAAAA